UCGUACGAGGACGCGCAUAGGAUCGUCAUCGACGCGCUUCUGGACAAGACGGCGGGCGUGCUCAUGCUGCCCCGCGAGGAGCUCGACCCCAGCAAGGGGACCGUCUUCUACGGCCUCGACUCUCUCGUGUCCAUCGAGAUCCGCAACUGGAUCACCCGCGAGUUCGGCUCCGUCCUGCAGAUCCUCGACCUGCUCAGCAGCGGGUCCUUCUCUUCACUGGCCGACACGGUGCUCAAGAAGACCGAGCUGUGCUCAUUUGACAAGGUGGCCGCGCUUGAUUUGUCGUAA